AUGGUUCCUCAGCAUGCUGGUAUGUGCAACAGAGUGAUCAGUCUGCCCCCCAUCCCAUUUGAUGUUUGUACACACCUAUGGGAUGCUGCAGCCUGUGUCAGCCCAAAUGACUACACUGUCCAGCCCACACUUAACGUUAGUGGGCGCUACCUCCUGCCCAGCCAGUUCCAUCCACCUUUAACCAUGGUUCUCAUGCUCCCUGAUGGAAGCUGCAAGUCCAUCAGAGGGUUGGCCAUAAUUUUUCUAAUAGAUACACUUCUAGCCCUGGAUAUUGUUAAGUUCCAGUGCAGGGGCUACCGCGGCGUGGAGAUCCGCGACCUGAGCAGCUCCUUCCGGGCCGGCCUGGCCUUCUGCGCCAUCCUGCACCGGCACCGGUCCAACCUGCUAGAUUUCGAUUCACUUUCCAAGGACAAUGUUUUCGAAAACAACCGCUUGGCCUUCGAAGUGGCUGAGAAGGAACUGGGCAUCCCUGCUCUCCUGGACCCCAAUGACAUGGUCUCCAUGAGUGUCCCCGACUGCCUCAGCAUUAUGACCUACGUGUCCCAGUACUACAACCACUUCGCCAGCCCAGGCCAAGCUGGUGUCCCACCGCCCAGAAAGGACCCUUCACCUCCUCCUCACCCACCAUCUGUGACACCUAGUACUGAAGAACCAGGAGACGGGACUCAGGGCGAGGAGCUGUCUUCCCCCAGCAGCCUGUCGGAGCAGGGCACCCACCAAAUCCCCAGCAGCACCUGUGCGGCCUGCCGGCAGCAUGUGCACCUGCUGCAGCGAUACCUGGCUGAUGGCGCUCUACCAGGCUCUACCAGGCUCUACCACCGGCACUGCUUCAGGUGCCGGCAAUUUCCCAGCACCCUGCUGCCCGGGGCUUACACUAAUGGACCCGAGGAGGGAACCUUUGUGUGUGCAGAACGCUGUGCCAGGCUGGGUCCAGGAGGCCGACUGGGACCCCGGUGUGCGCCAGCCACACAGUCGAAGCCGCUGCCGGCUGCCAAAGAUGAGGAUGCAGGUGACACCAGCCCUGCAGAGGGCGCAGGUGCCAAGGCAGAUGAUGCCAAGGCCGUCCCUGAGGCCCGGCCCCAGCUUGCUGCAAAGCCUCGGCUUCCCAGCAAACCCCAGGAACUGACAAGUCUUCCUGGCAGCCGCCCCACACCCGCCCCCAGAAAGGCCUCCGAGAGCUCAGCCCCGACGCCCCCCACACCCUGACCCCGAUCCAGCCUGCAGCAGGACAGCUUGGCGGAGCAAGCUGGUGGCAGCAGCCUGGUGAACGGAAGACUGCAUGAACCCCCUGUCCCCAAGCCCAGAGGAACACCCAAGCUGUCUGAGAGGAUGCCACCUCCCAGGAAGGACCCUCCUUGGAUCACACUGGUGCAGACAGAAUCCAAGAACAAGCCAGCCCCGCCUCCACCCCCCAGCAGCAGCAGCAGCAGCCCUGGGCUCCCCAGGCGGGGCGGCCAACAGCAGGAGAGCGGGGGUGUGGAAGAGGCGCCCCAGCAGAGCCCCACUGCUGCCCAGGAGCACAAGCCCUACAACUCCUUUGAGGAGGAGGACGAGGAGGAGCAAGAGCGGGGAGCAGCCCCGGCAGGGCCCAGCCCUGGCCCGGCACACACAGAGGCUACGCCCAAGUCCCUGCACCUCUGGUACGGCAUCACCCCCACCAGCGGCCCCAAGACUAAGAAGCGCCCUGCCCCGCGAGUGCCCAAUGCGUCUCCACUUGCGCUACAUGCUUCCCGCCUCUCACACUCGGAGCCCCCAUCGGCCACGCCGUCGCCAGCACUAAGUGUGGAGAACCUGCCGUCAGAGAGCUGUAGCCAGGCUGCCAGCAUGCAGCUUCUCGAGCCGCCCGCUGUGCCCAAGAGCUCCUCGGAGCCCGCCAUCCAUGCCCCUGGCACGCCCAGCAACACUGCCAGCCUCUCGGCCAACUCCUCCUUAUCUUCCUCCGGGGAGCUGGCACAGCCUGGUCCCAGCCUCGCCCCCAGGACUCUGGCCAGCCCAGGUCCCCAGCCAGCCAAGCCAAGCAGUCGUGCCGCCCCCAUCCCUACCCCUACCCUCACCUCCACCCCAGUAGGAGACAAGAGCACUGCACCUACACCUGUACCUGUACCUGCGCCUGGAACCUCGUCCCCCCAGUUUCAGGUAAAGUCUUCCUGCAAGGAGAAUCCUUUUAACCGGAAGCCAUCCCCUGCAGCAUCCCCUGCCACCAAGAAGGCCACCAGGGGAUCCAAACCGGCAAGACCACCUGCCCCCGGCCAUGGCUUUCCACUCAUCAAACGCAAGGUCCAGGCUGACCAUUACAUCCCUGAGGAGGCCAUCCAUGGAGAGAUGAACACCAUUGAGCGCCAGCUGGAUGCCCUGGAGCACCGGGGGGGGGGGGGGGUCCUGCUGGAGGGAAAACUGCGUGGGGGUGUAAAUGAGGGCUGUGAGGAUGACCUGCUGGUGGACUGGUUCAAGCUCAUUCACGAGAAGCACCUGCUGGUACGGCGGGAGUCGGAGCUCAUCUAUGUCUUCAAGCGGCACAACCUGGAGCAGCGGCAGGCUGAUGUGGAGUAUGAACUGCGCUGGCUCCUCAACAAGCCGGAGAAGGACUGGACGGAGGAGGACCGGGUCCGGGGCAAGGUGCUGAUGCAGGAGCUUGUAACCCUCAUUGAACAGCGCAAUGCCAUUGUCAACUGCCUGGAUGAGGACCGGCAGAGGGAAGAAGAGGAAGACAAGAUGUCGGAAGCCAUGAUCCGGAAGAAAGAGUUCCAGAGGGAGACUGAAUCUGAGAGCAAGAAGAAGGGCAAGUUCAAGACCAUGAAGGUGCUGAAGCUGCUAGGGAACAAGCGUGAGGCCAAGAGCAAGGCCCCCGGGGACAGGAGCUGACCACGACAAGGCUGCCGGGCCCUGCUGCUCCUGGAUCGGCUGCCAGGCUGUGCUUCAGCCGAGAGGAAAGGGAACUUCUAGGGAGGGAGCCCCUGACCUGCGGUCUCUCCCUGUUCAGGGUCCUUUGGCUGGUCUGGGCCAAAGAGUUUCCCCCUUCUCUCUGUGUGCCCCAGGCAGUGGUGACUCAGCCCUGCCACCUCCACAUGCUGUGACUGACCCCAAGACCAAGUUGACCCCACCAUCCCGGGUCUGCUUCGCUAUGUGCCACCCCUACUCUGGUAGGCUGGCUCCUCACUUCAUUUUCACAGUCCCAAGUUUUGACCGCCGUGGCAGGUGCAGGGGCAAGGCCAGCUCUUCAGCUUCCUCCUGCUCCG